UCGAUUGAAAAAACCUUGAUUCGAGUUAUCCGAAAGGAUGAAUAAAUUGUCUGGAAUUCUACAUAGGAACAAUUUAGACAAAUUACCAGAUCCAAGCCGACUGAAAAGUUGAUGUCCAAAACCAAGCUGAGAACGAAAAGUGCAUUGAACUUUAAUUUGUUCUAUAUCUUUAUUUACUGAUCAAAAGAAGAUUGCAUGUCGUUGGAAUUCAAGUAUGAGACCGGACUUUGACACGAGUGAAACCAAUACUCACCUUUGUUUCUGCUUUCGUCGAAGAAAUCUUUUCAAAAUGAUCGUUUGGGAAAACGCAACGAUGGCAAAAUUUCUCUAAAUUUUGGAUCCAAGACUUUGAAAGAGUUGUAUACAUUCCUUAACCUAAUUGAGGCAACAGCAAACAAAAGACCAAUGUACAUAUCGUAUGCAGUGCAGGCUGCUUCAUGUCUGGAUUCACUUUUCGUGACUUUGCCAGUAAAUGUCUCAAAUUCUGCUCAUUCAGGCAGUAGUACUUCUUGCUUAGGUAAAGAGCUAUUUAUCCUAAUAUCAUCAUUGAAUAAGAACUAUUCAGUAUGAGCUUAUCAGUUAUGAAAGAAAUUUAGUGUUACUUCCAAAAUCUUUUCACAACUGUCAGUUACUUUUGUGGCAUUUCAUUUUGUGUUUCACUGAUCGCCCAACUUAUAUUAUACGGAAGAAAUUAGUUCCAAAGUACUCUUUUAACUCUGAAACUAACAAAAGAUCGUUUAAAUGAACAAAGGUUUUGCUAUUCAUCUGUGAACUAUAAUUAAAGAGCUUAAAAUAAAGAGAAGGCAACUUUGCUGUUUGACGAAAUGCUUCUCACUUAAUCUCUGUAACAUAUUUGACCGUGUUUUGUGUCAUCAUCAGUACCACGAGUCGAAUACUUGUGUAUCAUUGUCUGUAUUUAUUUUCACUUUAUUUGAGCGAUCGUCUGAAAAGUUAAAUGUACUGAAAGCUGACGCACGCAAGUUGGGCUUUAUUGAACUUUUAAAAAGUAUUCAGUUGCCAGUUUUGCAACUGGAAAUAAUUUCAGUAGAAAGGAAAACUAUUCUAGACAUCAUAUUGGUCCCUUCGAUUUUAGAAACAAAAAAAAAAAAAAACACUGUGAAAAACGAUACAAAAGCACUUGUGUAUAGAGGAGAUUUUAUUCAGAACCAACUAUACACACGUUUACCUAUUAAAUCUCUUUAAAAAAGUAACAGUGUCAUUUUUGUAACAAAAUCUUUUUACAGUUUAAAUAUCAAAUCAAAGUAUGAUGAACGGCGCUCCGGGAAACUGAAACAAAAAGAGAGAGAGUGAAAGAGAAAAGCUGACUCUCAUUUGAAAAAACUAUGACAAAUAUCCAAUAAGAACUAGUGUAAAAAGCUUGUUUUGUUUUAUAUUCUUCAACCUUCGAUGCCUAUUUUGACCAUCUCUUUGAUUUGCCUGAAUAGACUCGAGUUAGUCUAUAGACUCUAACAUAGAGUAGGUGUGAUCCUGCCACCAAGAGGGUUAAAGUUUAAUUUACGAAUAAAAGUUACAAGAACAAGGCCUAUUCUUUCGGUUACAGUUUCUUCACCAACAAAUAUCAAAGCUCCUUUUUAAAAAGAGCAACCCUUGUAAUUUCGGACAAUUGUAAACGUGUUAUGACUGAAAGAGCUCUUCAGAACCCAUCAUUGUACACAAAUCCAUCAUCUUCCGAAUUUUAAUGAAAGAAAACUUCCACAUUCUUCGCAAUGGCACAUCAUUCUGAGAACUAUCAGCGCUCUAAAAAACAUUAUUUGUGCGAACAAUGUUCAAAGGCGUUUUCCGAUGCAUCAAAUUUCAAGAAACAUCUGAGAAUCCAUUCGGGUGAAAAACCAUAUUGCUGUGCAAUUUGCUCCAGGGAAUUUUCCCAACUAUCAAACAUGAAAACGCACUUGAAAACUCACACUGGAGAAAAGCCACAUUCCUGUGAAGUGUGUUCUAAGAAAUUUUCGCAACUUUGGCACAUGAAAGCACACUUGAAAAUCCAUUCUGGCGAAAAGAGCUUUUCCUGUGAAAGUUGUUCGAAGAAAUUUGCUCGACUAUCACACCUGAAAGAUCACCUGGGAACACAUACGAAUGAAAAGCCAUUUCCUUGUGAAGUGUGUUCUAAAUCAUUUUCCUAUCUGGGAGGCCUGAAAGUGCACUUGAGAACACACACCGGAGAAAAGCCAUUUCCCUGUGAAGUGUGUUCAAAGAAAUUUUCUCUGCGAAGAAACCUGAAAGACCACCAGAAAACCCAUACUGGCGAAAAGCCAUAUUCCUGUGAAGUUUGUUCUGCGAAAUUUUCUCACCUGUCAGUUCUGAAAGACCAUCUAAGAACCCAUACUGGAGAAAAGCCAUUUAACUGUGAAGUGUGUUCAAAGAAAUUUUCUGUGCGAAGAAACCUGAAAGAACACCGGAGAACCCAUACUGGCGAAAAGCCAUAUUCCUGUGAAAUUUGUUCUGCAAAAUUUUGUUACCUAUCAGUCCUGAAAAGUCACCAGAGAACCCAUACUGGAGAAAAGCCAUUUCCCUGUGAAGUGUGUUCAAGGAAAUUUUCUUUGCGAAGAAACCUGAAAGACCACCUGAGAACCCAUACUGGCGAAAAGCCAUAUUCCUGUGAAAUUUGUUCUGCGAAAUUUUCUUACCUGUCAAUCCUGAAAAGUCACCAGAGAACCCAUACUGGAGAAAAGCCAUUUUCCUCUGAAGCGUGUUCUAAGUAGGGAUUGCAAUAAUGAAUACCGGUAUUUUGAGCUGUUUUAAAAUUUCAUUAAACCGGUAUUUGCUGAGGUAAAUUAAGGGAGAGUGUUGUACCUUGGGACAUUGCUAAUUUCUAAAAAUCUAAUUUUAGCAGCCAUGUUUUUGAAACCUCUAAUAGUGAUCUUCACCGUUUAAUGGUGCCAUACUAAAAAUCAGCAUCAAAUGAGUAAAAUUGACAGUUUUGUGAGAGAAAGAAAAUUUUAUGACUCCAAAGUAAAUCCUUUUUUCAUUUUAAUUUCAUUUUCAGUCUUUGUAUUGGUAAAACUAACCAACUGAAUUUUAUUUUGUUAUGAAUGAGACGUGUUUUGAAUAUUUUGGUUAUGAGAAAAUAAUGAUUGUACAUCGAAAUUGACCACCAUUUUGGUUUUUCUUAAACGGAGGGAUAGUACCUUGAGACAGUCAAACAUAUUAUACCUUAGGUCACAUUCCAAUGCACAACAUGUGCAUUGUUCUUAAUUAUUAAGGUACGUUUCGGACCAUGGAAAAAUUUUCUUCUCUUAUGUAGUCUUUUAAACACAUUUAAUGAUACAUUAUUAUUCAUGAUUUAAAUCAUUACAAUGAUUUUUUUUUCUUCUUGGUGCAACAUUGGUUUAAGUAUAUGGCAGUUUCCUGAAUCAUGAAGGCUUUCCCGUAGUACAACAGGAUGUGUCCCAGGGUAUAAUUGGAUGUUGUACCUUGGGACGGCUUGGAACUCUUACUUUAAAUGGCUGGCAAUAUUUUAUUUUCAAAUUGCCUGAAUUUAAAAAAAAAAUCUUUUGGUUUCUAAUGUGCCAUGUGGAUUUUGAAUUUGAUUUAAAAAAUUGACGUUAAAAAUUAAAAUAUGAAAAGUAUCCCGAGGUACAACACUCUCCCCUACCGGUAUUUUAGGUAUUAGCUGAAAAUAGUUUAACCAUUAAAAAUCUUGAUUUAACUUAUUGGACAUCUACUUUUAUUUUAAACGUGCAGUUCUUUUUCCAGGAUACAGCAGCAAACGCAAUCAAUUCAUGUGAAAAUUUGACUUCAACUGUACAAACUCAUGCGGGGCUCUCCAACCAACGGCCCUCGGGCCGGAUCCGGCCCGCAAACAGAUUUUGUCCGGCCCGUGGGAAGCUUACAAACUUUUUUUUCCGGUAGACACUCUCGUUGGAAAUAUAAUAAAUAUAAUUGAGAUAUAAUUUUUAAUCACAAAUAACUACUUAAAAUCUUUUUACCGUUAAUUUAAAUCGUUUUUUAAUCAAUUUUUACCGUUAACUACAUUUGCAGCACCCAUCUCUCCUUUUCGCUCUUUCCGAGAACAAAUUUAAUUUGUUAUCGGAAAGAACAAAUUAUCUGUUGCAUAACAAAUUAAUUUGAAGGAAAAUUUAUAAACUUAAAUUAACUCAAUGUAUGCAAAGUAUAAACUAUAGGUAAUAGCUUUUGAGUCAGAGGAAAUCUUGUAUGUUUAUUAAUGAGGUCAGUAAUGAUCAUUUAUUAUUCACCAUUUUGUUUGUUUCAUUUCCUCUCAUUCUGUGUAGUUUUAAAAAUAUGUUUUCGAAUAAAUAAUUCUUAA